GGCCCACUUUGUUGAGAAAUAUACCAAUUAUUAAUGAAGUGAUGUCAAUUCACCCUACGUAACAGACUCCAUACUUCUAUCACGGUGCAUGCCUCGUACUCAGACAUGUCAACCAGUGGUAACUAGUAGGUGUCACUGCCAGUCUGCUCGUGUUUGACACUCCGUCAUCGGAUUCUAAUCGCAUACUCAAAGGUCUAAAUACAUAUGCCUGGUCUUUUUAGCAUGAAUAGGGCUACGCGACAUCAGAAUGAGCUCAAUGUUGCACUCGAUUACUCACGGAUUGAAGGUCCUGCAAUGGCGGACCCAAUGCUUCACCGUUUGAAUCGGAACUCUCUUGGAAGGCCUCUGUACCACUUCAAAGACCCUGAAGAAUUCUUGAACGGUCUACGAUCUAUCGUAAUCUGCCUUCAGAAACUCGCAGAUCUAGACAUGUGCCAUUGUGAUAUCACUAUCAGUAAUACAUCCUUAGUUGCCUCUCCAAAUCCGCCAAAUGGGGAGGAAGGAUUUUUGUUCGACUUCGAAUACACAAAGCUGCCGCACUCCCACCCACUGACAUAUAACCGGGACAUGCCAGAAAGCGUACGGUCAGCUGGUCCCGUCACAACGGGUACCUUGCAAUUCAUGGCGAUAGAGCUUCUUUUGCAAUUUGGGCCGCGGUUGGGAGCUGAUCUUGCUGUGGUCGCGCCUCGCGUAAUAACUCCCACCUACAAGUCUUAUCACGAUUUGGAAUCACUUGUCUGGGUUGUUUUCUACGCACUGUGCAAAAGGGUCUUGUUAGAUUUGAAAGCAAACUCAAAGAUUCAUCCAAGCAACAAGGCUAUCCUAGAGCAGACGUUUCAAACAUGGUUUAGCCACAAGUCUCCAGAACACAUCGCCGAAACUAGGAGUCACCUUGCCAACAGUGUUUAUGGUCAUCCUAUCCCCGUCCUCGAGGCAUUCAAGACCUUGAUGGAAAAAGUCCAUGCAUUACUCCUCGAGGAUUUGCUGCAAUUGGUGUGGUACCAGAAACUGAGGACAACUAGACGUGUUCAACCGGGACAGCCCCAAGGCAAAAAGAUGACACAUGACAUUGUACUCUCAAAGAUCGCUCUUGCUUUGAAGAGAUUGCAUGGUGAAGAGCCGAUACCAGUCGAUGAGGACGUAUUGAAAUCUCAAGCCUAGGCGAGUCAGACGCUGAGGACCGCGAGUGGUCUGUAGGCCCAGCAUCUGACUCGUCGGAUGAUUUUAUUUAGUCACACCUUGCAAAGGCGAAGCCAGAGGAUGCUUGGAAAGUAACCCAAUUAUAAAUCGUGUCAUAGAAAGUACAUCAAUGACAAGAUAUACGUGCACACUAUGUCGCCGAGUCAUGAGGCUCUUGGUAAUUUCCGCACAAUGAUAUAAAUGAGCGAAGCGUUGCAGCACGUGAAGACAAGGCACUCAUUAGACGAUUUGGUCAAU